AUGGGUGGAGUUGAGUCUCUGCCCCAGGAGCUGAAUCUGGUUGACCUGCUCCCCAGCCUCAGUUUACUCAUCUGCAUAGUGCAGUAUCGGGACUCUCCGUCUGCAGCUCUCACGGGGCUGCCCAGGACUGGCCCCUCACUCUCUCCGGCUCCUGCAGCACCUCAGCAGAAAAUGUCUCUGGCCAACAGUAGCCACAGGGCUGCUCUCGUCAGAGUCCUCCUGCUGGUCUUACUGAUAGCCCAGAGCCUGCCUUGCCUGCAGGCCAACCACUUGGCCCACAGCCCAGUAUGCUGCUCUCUGCAGCGCUGCAGGGGUGGCCCACUCUGCCUGGGGCUCAGUCCCACCAGCCUGCAGCUCCGAGAGAAAAUCUAUGCCACCUUCUCCUGCCAAGGCAGUGAAUAUUUCAAAGGGCAGAAAGCUGUGGCCAUAUGCCCUGAGGUCUUGGACUUCUGUGAGGUGGGCCUCUGGAGGGCUCCAAGGAUUGGGGUGCCUCAUGAAUGCAGAACUUUCUCCUUCUGCCUGGACCGAGUAGUUCGGGCCACACUGCGAGGGAUCCACAGGUGUUAUGGGGCCAUGGCUCAGUCCUGCUCCCAGAAAUGUGCAAGCCCAGCAGGCAGCUGCCUCCAGCUGGAUGGGAACCUCCACUUCAACCAGGAGUCCCCUGCACUGGUCCCUGGCUGGGGCCGCCUGCUGCUCCUCCACUCUGCCCUGCUCCCAUUCCUGCUCCCCUGGCUGGGCCAAAUCAGGGAGCAGCAGCCAGGAGAAUCCUGCAGGCCUGGCCUGACCGUGGUGCCCUCCACUUAG